AUGUGGGGCUUCUCGUCGGCCGCCGAGGUCGAUUACACGAUUUACACGUGCCUCAAUGGCUGUAUGUACGAAUGUGUUUUGACAGGAAAUUUCUACAGCAGCCACGAGAUUUUUACAGUUAUAAAUUUACAUAUCUAUCUAUCUAUCUAUCUAUCUAUCUAUCUAUCUCAGUCUGUUCAUAUCUAUCUAUCUAUCUAUCUAUCUAUCUAUCUAUCUAUCUAUCUCAGUCUGUUAAUAUCUAUCUAUCUAUCUAUCUAUUUAUCAAUCUAUCUAUCUAUCAUACUCCCUCACUCAUUCACUCAUUCACUCACUCACUAUCUAUCUAUCUAUCUAUCUAUCUAUCUAUCUAUCUAUCUAUCUAUCCUAGUCUGUUUCUUUCUUUCUAUCUCAGUCUCUUUCUUUCUUUCUUUCUUUCUUUCUAUGCCAGUCUCUUUCUUUCUUUCUUUCUUUCUUUCUUUCUUUCUUUCUUUCUUUCUUUCUUUCUUUCUUUCUCAAUAUCUCAUUAUAUGUGGGAAAUUUAACUGUCUACAAAUAAUAAACAUCAAUAAUAAGAAAAUCUUCUUCUUCUUCUUCUUCUUCUUUUUCUUCUUCUUCUUUUUCUUUUUCUUCUCCUACUAUACUUCCUCCUCCUCCUUCUUCUCCCUCCUCUUCUUCUUCUUGUUCUCCUUCCUCCCCUUCUUAUUGUUCUUUUUCUUCUCCUCCUUUACCUCCUCACUCUCCUUCUUCUUCUUCUUCUUCUUCUUCUUGUCCUCCUCCGCCUUCUUCCUCUUCUUCAUUUUCUUUUUCUUCUCCUUUAUCUCCCUCUCCUUCUUCCUUCUCUUUUUCUUCUUCCUCUUCUUCUUGUUCUACUUCUUUUUCUUCUCCUCCUUUACCGCCUCACCGUCCUCCUUCUUCUUCCUCUUCUUCUCCUUUAUCUCCUCCUCCUUCUUCUCCCUCCGUUUUUUCUUCUUCUUGUUCUCCCUAUUCCUCUUCUUGUUGUUCUUUUUCUUCUCCUCCUCCGUCUUCUUCCUCUUCUUCUUGACCUUUUUCUUCUUCUUCUUCUCCUCCUCCUACUUCUUCUUCUUUUUCUUCUCCUCCUUUACAUCCUCCUUCCCGUUUCUCUUCUUCUUCUUCUUCUUCUUCUUCUUCUUCUUCUUCCUCUUCUCCUCCUCCUUUUUCUUCUCCUUUUUCUUCUCCUCCUUUACCUCUUCACACUCCUCCUUCUUCUUCCUCUUCUUCUUGUUCGCCUUCUUCCUCUUCUUCUUGUUCUUUUUCUUCUUCUCUUUUACCUACCCCUCCUCCUCCUUCUUCUUCUUAUUAUUAUCAUUAUUAAAUGAUGAAGACAUCGCAAUUUUUCCUAUUGUUUCUAUCUAUCUAUCUAUCUAUCUAUCUAUCUAUCUAUCUAUCUAUCUAUCUAUCUAUCUAUCUCAGUCUCUUUCUUUCUUUCUUUCUUUCUUUUUCCUUUCAUAUACGGUUCCAAUCUAUCUAUCUAUCUAUCUAUCUAUCUAUCUAUCUAUCUAUCUACCUAUCUAUCUAUCCCAGUCUUUCUUUCUUUCUUUCUUUCUUUUAUCCCAGUCUGUUUGUUUCUUUCGCAUCAGUUUUGCCUUGAUAAUAUUUUUCCUAUAG